AUGGCGGCGCUAAUCCCCACCCUUUUCGGGGGCGUCGCCGCGGCCGCGGUGGCCUUCGUCCUAUGGCUCGUCAAGAUCAACCGCAUCAUGCGCACCACGCCCGCCGAGGCCCUCAAGAUCUCCCCGAAUCGCUGGACCAAGGAAGAAAUCGUCGAGACCUACCGCCGCAUCGAGAAGAGCCCGCUCGACUGGACACCCCACCUACCACCCAAGCUAGAUCGGAGAUACAUCGUCGUCGGCGGAUCGGGUCUCGUCGGUAGCGCUCUCGUCCUCCAACUCCUCGCCCGCGGCCAAGACCCCUCCACAAUCCGCAUAAUCGACUUCCGCCGCCCCAUCCGCCCGGAUCUCCUCUCCGGCCCCGGCGCCAACGUCGACGUCACCCUCGCCGACAUCACCUCCGCCGAAGCCACCUCCGCCGCCUACUCGAAGCCCUGGCCCGAGUCCGUCACCUCGCGCAACCUACCCCUCACGGUCUUCCACAUCGCCGCCAUAAUCAGUCCCUCCGAGCGCCAUCCGCUCGUCUACAACCGCUGCGCCGUCGUCAACGUCGAUGGCACCGCCAACUCUAUAGCCGCCGCUCGCGCGGCCGGCGCGGAUAUCUUCGUCGCCACCUCGAGCUCCAGCGUCGGCCAGCACCCCGUCGACUUUUUUCUCGCGCCCUGGGAGAGCGAGCCCCGCGGUUACAUGCAAGUCCUUACCGAGGAGGACUUCUAUAAGCCCAUCCGUCCGCCGAGCCAGUUCUUCGGGAACUACGCCUUUUCCAAAGCCGUCGGCGAACGCCUCGUCUGCGACGCGAACGAGUUCCCUCCCGAAGGUGCCGACCUCUCCCGUCCCGGCGGCUUCCGCACCGGCAUCAUCCGUCCGGGAAGCCCCAUCUACGGCGGACCCCAAGACCCCGUCCUCGGUCUCCUCCUGAAGCAAAAGGGUCCUUCGCCGACCUUCAGCGCUCCCUGGAUGCAAAACUGGGUCAACAGCUCCAACGUCGCGAUGGCGCAUCUCCUCUACGAGCAGCGCCUUCUGUCCCCGCAAGGCCGCGCCCUGGCCGCUCGUCCCUUCCUCGUCACGGAUGCGGGUCCGCCGCCCAUCUUCGAGGACUACUAUACCCUCGCCCGCAUCACCGUGGCUAAGAACCCUCCGGUCAUUCAGUAUCCUCCCCCGGUCCUCCUUUUGGUUCUCGCUCAGCUGGUUGAGUGGUAUUGCGUCCUCUUGUGGCGGUUCCCCUUCUUGAAUCGUGUCUUCUCCGAGCCUGGCUUCCCCCUUUACUGGUUACAGCCUGCCUGUUUCAGUGCUUCUAUAAACCUCAUCAUUGAUGAUUCGGCGGCGAGGAGGUCACCGGAGCAGGGUGGUCUGGGCUACAAGCCGCUGUGCACGACCAUGGAGGGAAUGUGUAUGCAGGUCCAUAACUGGAAUGAAACGUAUAGCAAGGCUGAGGGUGAGGGUAAGUGA